AUGCAAGAUCAGCCGACGACGUCAGAGUCGGAGGAACUCGUAACCGCGAAAUCUAUACCAGUUCACUGCAUAGUGGAAUCGAUCAACCAUGUUUAUCAGUGGAGCCAAAAGCACUCGCCGUCACUGCAUCGUCCUAAAGGCCACGUAGAAUUGGACAGAUUCGUCAUCAUCCCGAACAACACUGCGUUUAGAGAUUUGACGGAAGCCGCAUUGGUACGCCUGGGCUAUUCCAAAGACACGGCAGCGGCGUCGAAGGGAUUGGUAGUGCUGAAGAACUGGUUACCGUUAGACCUGGACACAAUCGCCGAAGAUCCGGUGCUGACAGUGAACGACGUCCUCGGAGAACUCACCACCUUAGCUACUCUGAGAAUACUCGUGUUCCGGGAAACGAAAAACCGAUUUUCCGAUUUGAAAGACAAACUGUUGAAACUGCUGUUGGUACAAAGCCAAACGCAGCUGACAGCUUCGGGAUGUCCCCUGGACGAAGCGAUAAUAUUGCAGAUGAUGAAGGUAGGGCAAGCUUGCCCAGAUUUGCCCGAAGAUUUGUACAAAAAAUUCGAACAAUGGUGGAUCAUGCAAUCGUCAAACGUCGUUCCCAAAAUACAGCCAUCAGUAUUACCGCAAUCAGUGAGAGACAUGUUCUAUCGUAACGGCUCGUCGCCAAGGCAGUCAAACAUGCAAGACAACCCCGCAAAUUGUAUUGUUCCUAAAUCAGACCCCAAGACACACAGUCUCCAGUCUGCUUCUCAAAAUCAGUUCCAAGGUCAAAAAACGCGUAUGCGUACUAGCUUCGAUACAGAACUCGAACUCCCGAAAUUGCAAGCUUGGUUUGCUGAGAAUCCUCAUCCAAGUAGACAACAAAUACACCAUUACGUGAGUGAAUUGAACAAUUUGGAAUCGCGAAAAGGUCGUAAGCCGUUAGACGUCAACAACGUCGUAUAUUGGUUUAAAAAUGCCAGGGCAGCUCAAAAACGGGCUGAAGUACGUGGCACAAAUUCAGGCGUCGCAGACAAUAUGAACUCGACGACCAACGACGGCAACGUGAACGGUUACUGUAAGAGCAGCAGUCCCAGCGAGCACGGGGGCAAGUCGUACAGCGGGCAGGGGUCGGUGAGCGAGGCCGAAGACGACGACGACGACGAAGAGUUCGAUGACAACCGGGACGACGGCGACGAUGACGACGACACGAAACCGCCGAUGAGCCCUCCGGCGGAACAGCCGAUAUCGUUGACCACACACGGGCGGUUUAGUAACGGCGAAACUCUGUUGCAGUCUCCAAGACCGCAAUCGCGCAGCUCGCAGCAGAGCCCCGAACAUAAGGUGAUGGUGAUCAAGGAAGAGCCACCAGAUAAGGAUAAGACGACUGUGACCACUGGACUGAACAAUAACGAUUACGAGGACGAGGAUGAUUUCGACGAGGACAUGAUAGACGAUGAAGGGUCGGACGGUGGCGGUGGUGACGACCGCGACGGGAUCGGCAACAGCUGCAAACGGUUAUCAUCGCAACAACAACAGUCAGCGAUGUCUUGCACCACCAGCCCAGUGGACGACCACCCAGUUGCCACGGGACACCACCACCACCAGGCGACACCGCCACCCCCGCCCCCGCCGCUGUUCCACCGCGCCGCCGAUCUGCACCAGCCCCUGGUCCGGCCCGGGUUCUCGAUGGUGCCAAACUCAAUGUUCGGCCACAGCUUCAUGUACAUGAGCCAAUGCUUGCCCGGCUUCAAUAUGGGCCGCCGGCCACAGACCGGCACUCCGCCGCCGCCACAAUCGCAACAACCUCAGGUGUCGUCUGCAGCCACCGCAGCGGGCCUAAAUCUGUCGGCGCUGGCCGAGGAACGCCGGAAACGGAACCGGACGUUUAUCGAUCCGGUGAGCGAGGUGCCGCGGCUCGAACAGUGGUUCGAGCACAACACGCAUCCGUCGCACAGCCUGAUCGCCAAGUACACGGACGAGCUGAACCGGAUGCCGUACCGGCAAAAGUUCCCUCGGCUCGAGUCGAAGAACGUUCAGUUCUGGUUCAAAAAUCGCCGGGCCAAGUGCAAGCGACUAAAGAUGUCCCUGUACGACGCCAUGUCGCCUAAGGAUCAAUUCUCCAUGCCCACGUACCUCAAUCACGAUUGA